AUGUCGAAGGUAAAAAUUUCACAGCAGUUCUUAGAUGCCAUCAAACCUAAUGACUAUCCAGCACAAGCAAAGAUGAUGCUCAAGGAGUGGUUUGUUUUAGUGAUGUUACAACUACUCCUGGAGGCAACAGGGACCUUGGUAAAGUUAUCCAAUGGUGGAUUUGAAGACAUUGUUAUUGGAAUUAACCCUCAGAUAGCUGAAGACAACAAAAUUGUUGACAACAUAAAGGACAUGAUUACUGAGGCAUCUGCUUAUCUCUUCAGUGCCACACAGCAAAGAUUUUAUUUUAAGACUGUAAAAGUGGUUAUUCCUUUGACAUGGAGAACAAAACCUGAAUAUAAAAGAUUAACCAUAGAAUCCUAUGAAAAGGCCGAUGUCAUAGUGGCAGAUCCUUUCCCCAAGUAUGGAGAUGAGCCGUACACUUUGCAGUAUGGAGGAUGUGGGCAACAGGGACGAUACAUUCAUUUCACAUCUAACUUCCUGACAAAUGACAAACUGCUUCCUAUGUAUGGACCACGAGGCAGAGUCUUUGUCCAUGAGUGGGCUCACCUCCGGUGGGGUGUCUUCGAUGAAUAUAACAGUGAUGCACCUUUCUAUGCAACUGGGCAGAAGAAGCCUGAAGCAACAGGGUACUCUCCUACAACCAUAUCUUCAAUUGAUAUACUUUAAUAUUGCAUGGGU